AUGAGCCAGAACAAGGACCUAAAACUGGCUGUCACUGACUUCGCCUCUGCCAACGGCUCCCAGCCAAAUACGCUGCCUUCUCCAGGCCGAAACCCGGAUUUCAAGCCCAUCGCCCUUCGAGCCCCGACCCGCAACUCCAUUGACCUCGACGACUAUUUCGUAGGCCCGCUGGACCUGAAACGUCAUUCGAAAUGGCCCUACUUUCUCCGUCUACGAGGGAGCGUGCUACCCAAGAUGAUCUUACCUCUCACUUUCGUCGCAGCUUGGGCCACAGCAGUCACUUGUAUAUCGAAAUUUGUCCAUGACCUUGGCAUCAAUUCGGUGCUGCUUACAAUCACCGGCUUCGUGGUCGGUCUGGCGUUGUCGUUCCGCUCCUCCACUGCUUAUGAAAGAUACAGCGAGGGGAGAAAAUACUGGGCGCAGUUGGUGGUCACCUCACGAAAUCUGGCUCGCAUAAUAUGGGUACAUACGGGCGAACGACAUGAGAUCAGCGAGGAGCAAGGGAAAGCUGAUCUGCUGGGCAAGCUGACAGCGUUGAAUUUGAUCAACGCGUUUGCUGUAGCACUAAAGCAUCGUCUACGGUUCGAGCCAUCCACGGAAUAUCCUGACCUCAAACCGUUGAUUGGACAUCUCCAGACGUUGGCCGCCCAGGCGGAUCAGGCACAACUCCAACCGAAGAAACAUACGCCGUGGAAAGCAGCAGGCGAGUACCUAGGGAUCUCCUUUGCCCAGUCUAACCCACGGAAACUCAUGAAGCGAUCGCGCGACAAUCUGGGCAACCUCCCCCUCGAGAUCCUCACAUAUUUGUCGGCAUACAUGGACGAGAUCAUGAACAACGGUCAGCUCAAGCUGCCUGUCCAUCACAACCAAGCCAUGAACAAUGUCACCGCUCUCGCCGACGUCCUCACCGGCACCGAACGUGUCCUCAAUACUCCAGUGCCUACCGCGUAUUCGAUAUCCAUCUCGCAGAUCACGUGGGUGUACAUCCUCGUCCUGCCUUUCCAGCUCUACAAGUCACUGGGUUGGGUCUCGAUCUUUGGCACGGUUCUGGCGGCGUACAUCAUUCUUGGCCUGGCCGCGAUAGGGUACGAGAUUGAGAAUCCGUUCGGCAACGAUGUGAAUGACCUGCCGCUAGACAGCUUCUGUCGGGAACUGGCCAGUGACAUCGAUGCCUUGACGAGCAUGCCGGCCCCCAGUGCCGAGACCUUCAUUUCCACGGCCGAGAACAAGGUCCUGUUCCCUCUGAGUAUGAGCGACUACCACAGUUGGAACACGCGGUCAGUGAGGGAGAUCAGACAUGCACUGAGGGCGAAGGCGACAACGGCAGCCCCAUCUGUCGACUUUGAGCGUGCUAAAGCACAAUCAGAGAGCACAGGUGAGAGUGCUGAGAUGCAUCGUGUGAGUGAGAACAAGCAUGUGUCAGAUGUGGAUGCUGUUUGA